AUGGGCUCCUUCAGUGACCCCAUAUUCACCUUGCAGUUUCCCGUUGGUGGGAGGCGUCGGAGCCCCAGAGGCGGCUGUAGCUGCACUGGCUCCGCACCUUUCGCGCCCGCUCUGCGGUGGGACCGCNGGCGGGGAAGCUGGGCCUGGCGGCGAGCGGCCGAGGGCGGCUUCUUGCCUGCGCCCUCUGCAGACCUCCGCGUGGAUGGCCGUGGAUGUGAGGACUACCGAUGUGUCGAAGUGGAAACCGACGUGGUGUCCAACACCAGUGGGUCUGCUAGGGUCAAGCUGGGUCACACGGACAUCUUGGUGGGAGUGAAAGCAGAAAUGGGGACGCCGAAGCUGGAGAAGCCAAAUGAAGGUUACUUGGAGUUCUUUGUUGACUGUUCAGCCAAUGCUACCCCUGAAUUUGAAGGUCGAGGAGGCGAUGACCUUGGCACGGAGAUUGCUAAUACCCUCUACCGAAUAUUCAACAAGAGCAGCGUGGACCUGAAGUCCCUCUGCAUUAGUCCUCGGGAGCACUGCUGGGUCCUCUAUGUGGACGUGCUGCUGUUGGAAUGUGGUGGAAAUUUGUUCGAUGCCAUCUCCAUCGCUGUCAAGGCCGCUCUCUUCAAUACAAGGGUACCAAAAGUUCGUGUGCGGCAGGAUGAAGAGGGGUCGAAGGACAUUGAGCUGUCCGAUGACCCUUAUGACUGCGUCCGGCUAAAUGUGGAGAAUGUCCCCUGCAUCGUCACCCUUUGCAAGAUUGGCUGUCGGCAUGUGGUGGACGCUACCCUCCGGGAGGAGGCCUGCUCCUUGGCCAGCUUGCUGGUGUCCGUGACCAGCAAGGGAGUCGUGACAUGUAUGAGGAAGGUGGGGAAGGGCAGCCUGGACCCGGAGAGCAUCUUCGAGAUGAUGGAGACCAGCAAGCGUGUGGGCAAGGUGCUGCACGCCUCGCUGCAGAGCAUCCUGCACAAGGAGGAAAGCCUGGGGCCCAAGAGACAGAAGGUUGGUUUCCUGGGGUGACUGGCACAUCAACCCCCAACUACAGAGUGCUGGUUUUCACUUUUCUGUUUAAGAUGAAGUUUGUAUAUAUUUUUCUUAACUAUUAUGAAUUUAAAGCAACAUUUGUAUGUGUGAAAUAAAGUCUAUUUUCUGGUC